CACAGCCAAUUCUCAAACUUCUCCGCUCGUUGAGCUCUCCGGCCACUACACUGCAAUAUGGGCUACUCCAACACCAUGUUGGCUCUGCUCACACUUGCAUCCCUGUGGGCGGCAGAAGCACGAGCAUCAGCAGUUGCAAGGAGAGGGUCUCUUCGCCACCUGGCCACCGUCCACAAAGCCAUGGCCAGAAGGUUAGAGACUAGCAGAUCCCUGCAAAGCCAUGGUGCCCGUACAACUUCUUCCAAUGGCACCACCCUUCCCUCGGCUGCCACGCUCGCGGGCUGCCCAACGAGCUGUGGCAACCUGAGCUUUGAGUACCCAUUCGGCGUAGGACCUGGUUGCUUCCGAGGUCCUGACUUCAGGCUCUUUUGCAACAGCACCGGUCAGCCUCCUAAACUGUUCUUACACGACGGCACCAUAGAGGUUUUAGACAGUAUUGAGGUAGCCGGUUUUGAUCUCCUUGAUACCUUCAGCUACAACCUUCUUCAAGUCUCCUUUUCCCAAACAAUCCCUAUAAGAUCCGGAGUUGAUGUCUAUAACAUGUCACUCAAGCCUCCAGGGAAUUCCUUUUCGAUUAUGAUGGGCCUGAUGGUUCACGUCAUCGGCUGCGAUUUGGAUGUACUCUUAAAAGAUCAGGACACGGGUUCCUUCAGCCCGCUUUGCACCGUCACCUGCCCCAACAAAACGGUUGCAGAGAUGGUGUACACGCAGGACUGUGAUGCCGGAGGCUUUUGCUGCGGCGAGCUUUCUGGAACAACUGCUCAAGCUCUUGAGUUCCAGUUUGUGCCUCACAAAAGAGGUGUGACUGAAAAAGUCUCAAAUUUAAGCAUCCUGUGGGAUAGAAUCAACAUAACUGUCAUGGUUCCCCUGGUGUGGAGCAUCGCCGACCACACAAGAUGCCCCGAGGGAGAAGACAGGAGGAGCACCGCUUGUGUUAGCGAGCACAGCCAUUGCGAGAGUCCAGUGCUUCGGGAUGCUGGUUAUGCCUGCCGGUGCGACAAAGGAUACCAGGGGAAUCCUUACAUCCUCGAUGGCUGCACCACUGAUGAAGGGUAUAAUCCGAAACCACUGAAGGAGGAUUGUUCUCACCAGUGUGGGAACAUUACUGUCCCAUUUCCUUUUGGCCUAGAAGAAGGUUGCUCUGCAAGGAGAUUUUUCCAGCUCAACUGCUAUGACCCGGCACAUUCGGUCCUCCAAUACAAUGACCUCUUUCGUGUGACUAACAUAAAUGUGACCGAGGGUCUUGUCGGCAUCAAAAUCGACUCAAGUUUGGUAGACGCACAAUUUAGUAUAAUACUGAAGAUGAUGACGUCUUCCAAAGAACCUGACCUGUUUGUUGACCCUUUGGAAUCAGCCUCUUUCCAGUGGGCUGUUGCUAAUCUGACCUGCCAACUGGCGAAACAGAACACAUCCGGAUAUGCUUGUGUGAGUAACAACAGCACAUGCAUAAGUGUCAUAAGCUCUUCGGAAGACUAUGUUGGCUACCGGUGCAAAUGCUCAGCUGGUUUUGAAGGAAAUCCGUACAUCAAAGAUGAUUGUCACGAUAUUGAUGAAUGUCAGCAAACACCUGGGAUUUGCGAAGGUAUUUGCCACAAUACUAUUGGAAGCUUCACUUGCACCAAGUGUCCUGGUCAUACAAUUUAUGAUGCUAAAACAAUGCAGUGUACCUCAACUCCAAAGAGAAAUCUCAUCCUAGGUAUUAUAAUUGGGCUUAGUUGUGGUUUUGGCAUUCUACUAUUUGGCUUAAGUGCAUUAGUGCUCAUUCAAAGAUGGAAAAGAAACACUCGGAAGAAACUAAGAAGGAAGUAUUUUCAGAAGAAUCAGGGCAUUCUAUUGGAACAACUAAUAUUGUCCGAUGAGAGUGCAAGUGACAAGACAAGGAUUUUCUCCUUAGAAGAGCUAGAAAAGGCAACAAAUGACUUUGAUCCCACACGUAUUGUUGGCCAUGGAGGGCAUGGCACGGUAUAUAAAGGCAUUUUAUCUGACCAACGAGUGGUAGCUAUAAAGAAGUCCAAGGAAAUCAAGGACGGUGAGAUUAGCGAUUUCAUCAACGAGGUUGCAAUCCUCUCACAAAUAAAUCAUAGAAAUAUAGUGAGACUCUUUGGGUGUUGUCUUGAAAGUGAAAUUCCCUUGCUAGUAUAUGACUUCAUCACCCAUGGUUCUUUACACCAAAUUCUUCAUGCUAGUUCAAGUAGUGGGUUCUCGUUAUCAUGGAAUGACUGUCUAAGGAUCGCCAGUGAAGCUGCAGGAGCUCUAUACUAUCUCCACUCCGCUGCAUCGAUAUCGAUCUUCCAUCGGGAUGUGAAGUCUUCCAACAUACUCCUGGAUGCAAACUACACUGCCAAAGUUUCAGAUUUCGGUGCUUCAAGAUCCGUCCCAAUUGACAAAACCCAUGUUAUUACAAAUGUUCAGGGCACAUUUGGCUACUUAGAUCCUGAAUACUACCAGACCGGGAGGCUAAAUGAGAAAAGUGAUGUUUACAGCUUUGGUGUGGUGCUUCUCGAGCUUCUUCUAAGAAAAGAACCAGUUUUUAGUACUGAAUCAGGGAUGAAGCAGAACUUGUGCAACUACUUCCUUUCAGAGAUGAGAACAAGGUCGAGUACAGAGAUAGUAGCUACUGAAGUUCUCCAGGAAGCAACCCAGGAAGAGAUUGAGAAAGUCUCCUCCCUUGCAGAGAUGUGCUUGAGGCUUCGAGGCGAAGAAAGGCCUACAAUGAAGCAAGUGGACAUAACACUGCAGCUUCUACUUGCAGAAAGGAUGAACUCGUCUCGAUCUGACACGGGAGAUGACGAGCAAGACAUCCAGCCGUUGCUGACAAGAAGAAAUGUCGUAGCUUCUCGGCGGCAAUCCCUGUCUAUUGAACUGGACGACGGGGCUAAUGCUGCAGCACCUCAGAGAAGCUACAAUGGCUCGAGCUUAGAGCGGGAGUUUCUGUCAUCAGCCAGCCUACCUCGUUAGAUGCAUUGUCUGUGUUUAUUACCAGCUAGCAUUCCAAUGUUUAGCUUUGCUUACUACGACAAUCUCAAGUCUUUUUUAUAUAGAACAAUCAAGUCUUGUGUACAUCAUAUAUGACUAGAAUCUUUUUUUUAAUGAAAUACGUACUGGUUGCUGUACACAGCACCAUCUUGUAUAAGAAUGUAAUGGGCUUUA